UUUUAUGUUUUCUUAUUUGUUUUAACAAUCUAUGUUUUCCGUAAAUUAACCUAAUCAGUGAUAACAUUGAGAGCUAAUUAAUUGGUGAUAGUGUUAAACAUGAACUACCCAAACAAACAUUUGAAAGCUUCCGGAUAGUCAAGAUCAGCAAUAACUCAACAUGCCAGUACCAUCAGGAUCUUUCCAAACUUCAGGUCCCUCCUGUUUUGAUAGAAUGAAGAUGGGGUUUACAAUAGGCUUCUGUGUGGGCAUGGCCUCAGGAGCGCUGUUUGGUGGUUUUAGCGCACUCAGGUACGGGUUGAGAGGCAGAGAACUAGUCAACAGCGUAGGCAAGGUGAUGCUCCAAGGAGGAGGAACUUUCGGUACCUUUAUGGCCAUUGGGACAGGGAUCCGCUGCUGAACUGACGACUGCUUCAUUGUAUCAUACUUUGUUUACUAAUUAUUCACAAACCCAAUAAUAAAUUGUAUAGUUUCAUUAGACUAUGUAUAGACUUAAACUAAUAUAUAAUUUCUAAUUAAAUUUCUUUUGUAAAUCA